GAUUCAUCAUCUUAACAGAGGAAAGAGUUUUGAAAUUGGUUCUUCUCCAUGGAGUUUCAUAUUCCUUCUUUCAACCUCAUCAUCUCCUUUCUCUUGUUCUUUUUCAUGGCAGUCAAAAUAAUAAAGGGACACAAAUCCAGGAGUUCAAGCUCAAAGAUGCCCCCAGGGCCCUGGAAACUACCACUAAUUGGAAACUUGCACCAGCUGGUCGGUUCACAACCCCAUCGUCGCCUGAGAGACUUGGCCACGAAAUAUGGACCUUUGAUGCACCUCCAGCUUGGUGAAGUUUCAACCGUCGUUGUUUCUUCCGCAGAGAUUGCCCGAGAAGUUUUGAAAACCCAUGACCUCAACUUUGCAGACCGGCCCUUUCUGGUUUCCUUGAAGUUGGUGACUUAUGACCAUACUGAUAUUGCUUUUGCACCAUAUGGAAAUUAUUGGAGACAGCUCCGAAAAAUUGCAACCAUAGAGCUAUUAAGUGCAAGACGAGUCCAAUCACUGCGAUCAGUCAGGGAAGAGGAGGUCUCAAAUCUCAUUAAAUCCAUACAGGCUAAUGAAGGAUCAGUAAUCAAUCUUAGUGAUGAAAUUGUCAAGUUCACAUAUGGCAUAACAGCCAGGGCGGCUUUCGGAGAAAGAUGCAAAGAUGAAGAAGCUUUCCUAUCAUGCGUACUGGAAAUCAUAGAGGCAGGUGCAGGUUUCUCCAUUGUUGAUUUCUACCCUUCUGUUAAAGCAAUUCAGGUGAUUAGUGGAAUGGAUCUGAAGCUUGAGAAGCUGCAUCAGAAGAGUGAUGGAAUACUUGAAAAUAUCCUGAAUGAUCAUAAAGAGAAGGAGAGGACAAAAAUUGACGAAAGAGAAGUAAAGGAAGAUAUAGUUGAUGUUCUUUUGAGAGUCCAGCGGGAGGGUGACCUUGAAUUUCCCCUAACUGACAACAACAUCAAAGCAGUCAUCCAUGAUAUUUUUAGUGCUGGGAGUGAGACAUCAUCAACGGCUUUACAGUGGGCAAUGCCAGAAUUGUUGAAAAACCCAAGGGUAAUGAAAGAGGCACAAGCUGAAGUAAGACGAGUCUUUGAUGGAAAAGGAUAUGUUGAUGAAAAUGGCAUUCAGGAAUUGAAGUACUUGAAAUCAGUGAUCAAAGAAACCCUGAGGCUGCACGCUCCUGUACCUCUUUUACUUCCAAGAGAAUGCAGAGAGAGUUGCGAAAUCAACGGGUACACGAUUCCUGAAAAGACUAGAGUGGUUGUUAACGGAUGGGCAAUUGGAAGAGAUCCUGGAAACUGGAACGACGCUGAGACAUUUUAUCCUGAGAGAUUUCUUGACAGUUCAAUUGAUUUCAGGGGAGCAGAUUUCGAAUACAUUCCAUUUGGAGCUGGAAGGAGAAUUUGUCCAGGCUUAACGUUUGCACUACCAAAUAUUGAGCUGCCACUCGCACAACUUCUGUACCAUUUUGAUUGGAAGUUCCCAAAUGGGAUGAAUCCUGAAGAUCUAGACAUGACUGAGGUCUUUGGUAUAACUUUAGGCAGGAAAAAAGACUUGAUGCUGAUUCCUAUUCCUUAUCGUUCUUAAUCUUAAUCUCCCAACAACAUAUAGAUCUCAUGAGAUUAUGAUCGAUGUUCGUGUAGAUGUGCAGUGUGUAAAAUGGUUAAGCUUGUUAAACUUGUUUACUUCGAAUAAGUAAUGUCAAGGGAAAUAAAUUAAAAUGAUUUAAAGUUUUCGGGGCUAUUUGUUGUUUAA